CUCCCCUGCUUGCACCUCCAAUACAUUUUUCUUCUAGAGGUGGCAGCAGGAUGAGUGAACCUUGAGGCUGCAGCUCUAACCAGAGAAAAGUGAGAGUUUAGGAAAGCUGGGGGACAAGCUUCCCACCGAUCUCCAGUCCCAGAGCAGACAGAGUAGAGGCUUCUCCCGAAAGAGCCACACGUUCCUGCCCAAAAUCUUCAUCCGCAAAAUGUCAUCCUCAGGAGCCAAGGACAAGCCUGAACUGCAGUUUCCCUUCCUGCAGGACGAGGAGACGGUGGCCACACUGCAAGAAUGCAAGACGCUCUUCAUCCUGCGUGGCCUGCCAGGAAGUGGCAAGACCACACUGGCACAGGUCAUCGUGGACAGGUACCGGGACAGCACUAAGAUGGUGUCUGCCGACACUUACAAGAUUACCCCUGGCGCUCGUGGGGCUUUUUCCGAGGAGUACAAGCAGCUGGACGAGGACCUGGCUGCCUGCUGCCGCCGGGAUGUCAGAGUUCUUGUGUUAGAUGACACCAACCAUGAGCGGGAGCGGCUGGAGCAGCUCUUUGAAAUGGCUGACCAGUUCCAGUACCAGGUGGUGCUGGUGGAGCCCAAGACAGCAUGGCGGCUGGACUGUGCCCAGCUCAAGGAGAAGAACCAGUGGCAGCUGUCAGCUGAUGAGCUGAAGAAGCUGAAGCCUGGGCUGGAGAAGGACUUCCUGCCACUCUACUUCGGCUGGUUCCUGACCAAGAAGAGUUCUGAGAACCUCCGCAAAGCUGGCCUGACCUUCCUGGAUGAGCUGGGGAACCACAAGGCCUUCAAGAAGGAGCUUCGACACUUUGUCUCUGGGGAUGAGCCCAGGGAGAAGAUUGAACUGGUCACUUACUUUGGGAGGAAACCCCCAGGCGUCCUGCACUGCACAACCAAAUUUUGCGACUAUGGGAAGGCCGCCGGGGCAGAUGAGUAUGCCCAGCAGGAUGUGGUGAAGAAAUCUUAUUGCAAGGCCUUCACGCUGACCAUCUCUGCCCUCUUUGUGACACCCAAGACGACUGGAGCCCGGGUGGAUUUGAGCGAUCAGGAGCUGCUUUUGUGGCCAAAUGAUGUGGACAAGCUGUCACCCUCUGACAGCCUGCCCCUGGGGAGCCGUGCUCACAUCACCCUAGGCUGUGCAAGUGAUGUGGAGGCUGUGCAGACCGGCAUUGACCUCCUAGAGAUUGUGCGGCAGGAGAGGGCGGGCAACCCAGGUGAGGAGGUGGGUGAGCUAAACCGGGGCAAGCUCUAUUCCUUGGGCAAUGGGCGCUGGAUGCUGAGCCUGGCCAAGAAGAUGGAGGUGAGGGCCAUCUUCACGGGGUACUACGGGAAGGGCAAACCUGUCCCCACACAGAGCAGCCGGAAGGGGGGUGCCUUUCAGUCCUGCACCAUCAUUUGAAUGUUCUUCUUACCACCAGUACCGCCCCUCACUCUUUAGAAGGGAGGGGGACGGGAGCAGAGGGAGACAUGCCUUUUGUACCAUCUUUGUUUUUAAAGUUGUUUUUUUUUCCUUUUUUCUCAAAGUUAACCUACCUGUAACUUUUUAGAAACUUGUAAAAUGACUGUCCUUUUCUUCCUGCCCACCCUCUUUUCCUCUAACACUCAAGUUCUCAACACAGGGGAGGUGGGUAGGCACCAUCCAGGAACCUGGACCAAAACUGACAGGGCUGGGCCAGGCAGAGCUGGGCCUGGAGCCGCAGCCAGAACCUGCUUCCACUUACUGGUUAGCUCAGCCCACACCCCCACAUACACUGCUUUGCCUACAGAUGGGCUAGUGGAGCGAGACCUCACAGCUACAGGUACCUUGCUGACUGGUGGCAAAGGGCAGUGGGAUUGGAGUGGUAACCACAGCCAUGGAAAAUCAGUGUUGGAUUUGAUGGGGAGGAUCCUUGGGCUUUGAUCCCAUUUCUUAAUCAUUACAGUUCCAGGAAAGCUGGGGCUCUUUACAAGGGUAGAAAAAGGGGUUUACCUCCCACCUUUCGUCCUAGGUCCCUGUCCCCUCCUCCUUCACCCCUUAACUAGGUAACAGUUGGAUAACUAGGAAAGAAAACAAAAUAAUAAGCAACAGCCACAUCUCAGGCUGGCUUCUGAUCUCACCCCUGAAAGGGGACAGGCUCUACUGUGUGGAUGGGGAUAUUGAAGCCAGAGACAGUACAUAGGGGGAAGCUCCUGUUUUGUUGUUUGUCCAGACCAUCUUGCCUCUAUGGUGCCUCUGGAGGCCUCUGGGCCUUCUCUAAAGGGGGGGGGGGGGGGGGUCAGUGGGCACUAAGAGCCAAUGGGUGGACUUCUGGCUGUUAAGGGCGAAGUCCACGUGUUGCCUCUGUGAAGGGGUUUUUAGCACUCUGACAUGUGCUGUGGUUCUUGGGGUGCCUUCUGCUGCCUUCUGCUCAGUAACAGAGCCUCACUAACACCAAGUUGUUACUCAACAAAAAUGCUUGGGAUUUAAGUUACCGUCCUGGCUUUGUCCAACUUUGCCAACUUGUAAGACUGGUAGAUGAAAUAAAUCGUGUUAAUCCUAA